AGCCGCAGCCAGCGGAGCCGCCGCCGGUUCAGCCGCCGCUCGCCGGGGCCGGGGCGGGGAGCGCGGGCCGGGUCCCGGCCGUGCCUCAGUUUCCCCCGCGGCUCCGCGCGGCGCCCGGGGCCAUGGAGCUGAUCGAGCUGCGGGAGCUGCAGCCGGAGCCUCGGCCGGGCCGGGGCCGCCUGGAGCGGGCCAACGCGCUGCGCAUCAGCCCGGCCCGCCGGCACGGCCCCGCGGCCCGGCCCGAGCCCCGGCUGGCGGCGGCACCGGGCACCGGGCACCGCUUCGAGCCGCGGCGCCGCGGGCUCCACACCUGGUGCGACCUCUGCGGGGACUUCGUCUGGGGGGGCGGCAGGAAGAGCCUCCAGUGCCGCCACUGCAGCUUCACCUGCCACUACCGGUGCCGGGCCCUGGUGCGGCUGGACUGCAGCGGCCCCCUGGGCAGCGGGGACGAGGACGACGGCACCGAGCAGGAGCUGGAGAAGGACACGAAUGUGGAUGAUCCCAGCAGCAGGGUGUUGUUGGAUUAA